CGGUAGCGGCGGCAGCAGCAGCGGUGGCGACAUGAGCAGCGGGGCGGCGUCCGGGACUGGGCGGGGGCGGCCCCGGGGCGGGGGGCCGGGACCCAGGGACCCCCCGCCCGGCGAGACUCACAAGCUGGUGGUCGUGGGCGGCGGCGGCGUGGGCAAGAGCGCGCUGACCAUCCAGUUCAUCCAGUCCUACUUUGUGUCUGACUACGACCCCACCAUUGAGGACUCCUACACGAAGAUCUGCACUGUGGAUGGCAUCCCUGCCCGGCUGGACAUCCUGGACACGGCAGGGCAGGAGGAAUUCGGUGCCAUGCGGGAACAGUACAUGCGUGCUGGCAAUGGCUUCCUGCUGGUGUUUGCCAUUAACGACAGGCAGAGUUUCAAUGAGGUGGGCAAGCUCUUCACACAGAUCCUCAGGGUCAAGGACCGUGAUGAUUUCCCCAUUGUGCUGGUUGGGAACAAGGCAGAUCUGGAGGCACAGCGCCAGGUCCUCAGAUCUGAAGCUUCCUCUUUCAGCGCCUCCCACCACAUGGCUUACUUCGAGGCCUCAGCCAAGUUGCGUCUGAAUGUCGACGAGGCAUUUGAGCAGCUGGUGCGGACUGUCCGGAAAUAUCAGGAGCAAGAACUCCCUCCUAGCCCACCCAGCGUUCCCAGGAAGAAGGAUGGGGGGUGUCCCUGCACCCUGCUGUAGCCAGACAGCCCCAAGCGACCAGCACAGCUCUUGGGACCAGCUGCCUCACACUUGCUGUGUGGCCGACGCUCUUUCUCGAGCCUGUUUCCUCCUCUGGGUUCCCAGGACACACUACACCCUCUUAGCCUUACUUCCUGGCCUCCUGGGGCUACCACUGUGUGCCUUCUGUUAAUACCUCCUUUCCCCACCUGAGACCAUGGUCGGGAGGGUGAGGAGCUCCUUAUCACUGCUGUAUAUAGGUCCCAUCUUUCAGAAAAAUAAAUAUCACUGCCAACAACUGGA